CGCUAACGUGACAUGAUUAACCUUGCUGUGUUGACGUUAGCAUGAAGGAUACAUAUGCCCAGGACGAGGGCUCCAAUGGCAACCCCCGUCACCACAUUCCGCGUCCUCAGCUUCUGCGUCUUCUUCUUCCACUGUUCGAGCUCCACCUGCCUGAUGAAGUGCAUCUGCUCCUUGGAUAGAUCCUCCUUGGUGGGGUCUAUCCUCGCCGCAAACGGAGCGUCGGACUGUUGCGGCGUCUUGUCCGCCAUUUUUGUGCUUAGUUCAAACUAGCUUAGCGGGUUGUUUCGCAGGCUUUCAAACAAUCGAACCAGUGGAUGACAUCACCUUAAUCAACUAUAGGAGGUAACUUCCAGAAUGUUGUCAGAUCUGUGACCAGACCGUGGAGACCCACCAAACCACUCCGACAGGAGCCAAAACCGGAAACGCGUGCAACCACAAUUGCGUCCGGGGGUGAAAACAGUCGGGAUUUUAAGAUUCCUGUAAGGCGACGCGAAUGGAAACAGCGCCAUCUCCUGCAUAUACACGGCCGAGGCACGUUUAAUUAUAUUAAAACUAAAUACGGUACAUGAAUAAUGUUUAAUAUCGCGUGACACAACAAUUCACUUACAGUUUUAAAACGAGGUGCCGACAGAAGGCAGCAGUUUUUUUUCCGGCGCCCAAAUGGAGGAGAAUGUCAUUUGUUGUCAAAGCGAGCAGAGUGUUUUUCAGUUCAGGUUUGGCCAAGCCUCCUUUGACAUGCUGACGGACUUUCUUACGAAUCUCAACGAGAAAAACAAAGACAACAUCAACAGUUUGUCCACAUGCAGCGGAGUCUUCAAAGAUAAAAGACUCUAUGAAUAUGCUCUGCUGAUAUCUCAAGAGCUCAGACUGGACCCGCUGGCCGGCUACCACGCCGUUGAAUUACUUCAAAGGUUCAUGGUCAAGCACAUCACACGCUUGCUCAGUGCGCCGUCACCUCAAGGCGCCACACAGGCCGGGGCGAGGAGCCGCGAGGACGCCGUGCUCGAGCUGCUGGAGAAGAAGUUUGCCCUGAUUGUGUUUUCCUGCGUGCAGCUGGCCAGCAAGCUGUCUCUGCACAGCCACAUCAUCGACAUCAACACGGCCGUGCGCUUCCUGCACUCUGUCGGCCUCGACGUCUCCAAGCAGGCCGUCCUGGAAUCGGAGCUGAUGGUGCUGAAGGGCCUCGACUUCCAACUGGACCUGCCCAACCCUCUCACAUAUGUGGAAAUACUACUGGAGGUUCUCGGCCACAACGAGCCGUCCACCCCUGUGGAGCGUCUGCACCACCUGUGCCGCCACGUUCUCCAGCUGGUGAGCCUGCAGCGCCGCGCUCUGUACGACGCCCUGCUGACCGCCACCACACAGACCCGCAACCCCACCAGGGAGCAGAGAAUAACUUCAUUUAAAAGUCCAGUGCAGGGGUGUCCAAAAUGUGGCCCGGGAGCGACUGUUUUUUUUUUUAUUUGCCCAAAGCACAUUGUAAAAAUACAAUUUAUCAAGCAAACUAAAACAAAAAACAUAAAAAAUUAAAAAAUCAGCAAUAAUUUGACAAGAAUAAAGUCAAAAUAUUUAGAGAAAAAGUUGUAAUCUAACUAAAAAAACCUGUAAUUUUAUAAGAAUAACAUACUUGUAUUAUGAGGAAAAAUAAUCUUAUUUUAGUAGCAUAAAGUUGAAAUACAGUAUUAAAUAAACAAGACUUUUUUUAAGUCGUAAUACUAAACAAACAAAACUAAUGCAAGAAGAACAAGUACAAGUACACAAGUACAAGCCUGAAAUAGUUGGGGAAAAAAACCCAACAACAGUAGAAAUAGAAAAAAUAGCUGUAAUUUUAAGAGAAUCAAGUCAAAAUAUGCAGAGAAAAAAGUCAUUCAAACGAGAAAAUAAGUCAAUUUUACGAGGCAAGUCGCAUAGAGUUGAAACAUUA